GCGAGGUUGUAGGGUUGUAAUGGCGACGUUUAGCGCGUUGUCCGGCCCGCCGUGAGUGAAUAAUGCACCACGAAACGGUGCUCCGUUUUUUAUGCACGGAGCGACAAUCGAGCGAGCGGACGGUAGUGUACGUAACGUUUUAACGGCGUAAUUUUAACAGAAUCAUCGACGAUCGAGCGUCCCCGUCACGAUGGACCAAGCACCCGCAGACACAGAAUUACGGAACAUCAUAGACAAACUGGCACAGUUUGUCGCUCGCAAUGGGCCAGAAUUCGAGCAGAUGACAAAGAAUAAGCAGAAGGACAACCCGAAGUUCGGUUUCCUGUUUGGUGGGGAGCACUUCAACUACUAUCAGUACAAAGUGACUACAGAGCAAGCCAUUUUAAAGCAAAAAGGAAUAAAUCCAAUGCAAAAUGCAGACCCACGUUUAAACGUUUCGCAGCAGCAGCAGCAAACAGCCGCAAACACCGUCUCGCAACCACUGAAUAACGUCAAUCUUGCGCCCGGUCUGAGUACGCAAAACAAUGGAAUAAAUCCGGUAGUCGGGAUCGGACCCCAGGUUGGAAGCCAGGCCGGUCCCGUUUUGCCUGGACAGAUCGGAGGACCGGGAAAUGCAGGAUCGUCGAUUGGACCGGUUUCCAGCGCCAUGGGAGGUGUGAAUCCACCGAUCACCGGAGUCGCGCAAGCGGUUAACAUCGCAGGCCCGCCCGCGUGGCUGCAGAAUGAGUUGGCGAAUCUACAGUCGCAGCAGACGACGUUGCAGGAACAAGUGAGACAAUCAGAACAGAACCUGGCUGCGCAGCAUGCUGCGUUAAUGGCACAACAGCAGGGACGGGUAGAGGAUGCUGUGAGGCAGGCACAGGAACAGGCUUUGCAAAACAAUGCGCAAAAUACAAACACGGACUUGGCUGCAUUUGACACUGUGUUACAACCGAUCAUUGAUAGCUGCACGAAGGAUAGUAUAAGCGCAGGAAAGGCCUGGAUACUUCAAAAUUCACUUACAUCGCAGAGUAAUCAAGUUAUUGCAGACCAUUUGUUAAAAAGAGUAAUUCAAGGGACGACCUUCAGCCAUAAAUUACAUAUUAUUUAUCUGGUGAAUGAUGUAUUGCAUCACUGUGCAAGAAAAAAGUCUGUGGAUCUUCGCAAAGCGAUGGAAAGUGUUGUUGUUCCCAUGUUCUGUAACACUUCACUAGCAGCUUCUGAAGAACAGCUUAAUAAGCUAAAUAAGCUUUUGAGUUUAUGGGAAUCAAAAAAUAAUUAUUUUGACGAAGGCAUCAUAGAUAAGUUAAAACAACCGAGCGCAUCCUGGUCAGAGUACCAAGCUAAUUUAGUAGCGCAACACGCUACCGCAAUUACUCCUAUUACAGCAUCAACGAAACAAACAUUUGAUAAUUAUCAAGCACAGCAUCAAGCAUUUGUCACUCAUGCAUUAAGACAGAUCCAGAAUAUCGAACAGCAAAAGAUGGCAAUAGAUCAGCAAUUGAAAGCUCCACCGCCACCACCUCCAAUGAGUCAGCAAAAUAUACCAAUACCUAGUCAUACUGGUCCAAACGCAAUAGGUACAGACGUGAAUUUCAGUCAACCACCGCCAGGAUGGGGUGUUCCUGCAAAUGAACCGCCACCAUUUAGCAAUGUCCCUUUGCCAGACUUCUCAAAGCCACCGCCAGGUUUUGGACCUACACCUGUUAUUCAUGAACCAUCUGUGGAGGAUUUGAUGCCCAGUAUGCCGUACUUCGAGCUUCCAGCGGGUUUAAUGGUACCUCUAAUAAAGUUAGAAGAUGGUGAAUAUAAACCAUUGGAUCCAGAUGCAAUAAGACUUCCACCACCAGCUCCACCGAGUGAUCGUUUAGUUGCAGCUGUAGAGGCAUUUUAUGCACCACCAAAUCAUGAUUCUCCUAGGGAUAGUGAUGGAUGGGAGAAAUUAGGAUUAUAUGAAUAUUACAAGGCGAAAAAUUCCUCUCGCAAACGUAAAGAAGAGGAUAUAGCUGCUGGUAUUAGGCAGAGAUCCAAAUCUCCAUCGCCAAUUUUACGGCCGAGAUCUAAAAGUCCUAGUCCGCCAAAGAAACGCUAUCGCAGCAAGUCACGCAGCAGAUCGCGUUCGCGAUCGCGAGGCAGAAGUAGAUCGAGAUCACCCGCUACUAAUCACAGACGCAACAGUCGCAACAGCAAUCACAUUAAUAGAAGUCGGAGGAGAAGAAAUAGUAAUAAAGAUCGUAGUCCUGAUAAGAGAAUGGAUAGGCAGGACAGAAGUCCAACUCCUCCCAGUUUUCUUGGCUCCACUUAUAGUAAAGUUCCACAAGAGAUUAGUCUAGACGAGAGCAAUAAAGGGCAUCAAUUACUCAAAAAAAUGGGUUGGAGUGGUGCUGGUCUUGGUGCGAACGAACAGGGCAUUGAAGCGCCCAUUUCAGGAGGCGAGAUUCGUGAUAAGAACGACCAAUACAAAGGAGUUGGAAUUAAUCUAAACGAUCCGUAUGAGACCUUCCGAAAAAACAAGGGUCAAGCGUUCAUCACCAGAAUGAAAGCUAGGGCAGAGGAACGAGCCGAAGAGAGAGGGGAACGCGAUUGAACAUUAACAAAAUAAAAAUUUCAAAUAUUUACGAUAUUUGUGAAUAAGUAUCUGGCAUGAGAUAUUAAGAACUUUCUCGUCCUGCAUUAGAAAUUCAUUCAUAAUUCCAAAAAAUUAUACU